AUGUUUGAGAUAUCAACCUUCUUUUCGGGGGUUGCCCUUGGAUUUCUUCUUUAUAUCAGUAUUGGAGUGAUCCGAAAUGGCUCAAAGAGGCCUCCCCUUCCUCCGGGGCCGAAAGGUCUUCCUUUGGUAGGAAAUCUGAGCCAUCUUCCGCCGCCUGGCGUGUUUGAAGCGCAUCACUGGUUGAAGUUCAAGGACCUCUAUGGACCUAUCAGCUCUAUCACGGUAAUGGGGCAGACGAUCAUCAUCAUAAACAACUGGAAACUUGCAUCACAACUGCUGGAUAAAAGAUCCGCAAAACAUUCCUCCAGACCCAAAAUCAUGAUGGCGGGCGAAAUGGUCGGUUGGGAAAACUCACUUGGUUUCUCGCCAUAUAACGAUCGCUUCAGAACGCAUCGGAAGAACAUGGCCCGCAUUAUCGGAUCGAAAAGGGCCGCGGCAAAGUAUGAUAGGCUGCAAGAAGCUGAAGUUGCUCACUUCCUACUGCAUGUCUUAGACGACCCAGAGAGGUUCAUGGACCAUAUCAGGAAGGAAGCGGGCUCGGUUAUUCUGAAAAUCGCUUACGGAUAUACAGCUGAGCCUUCCAAAGAAGACAUUCUCAUCAAAAUGGCGGGCCAGGCCAUGGACGAUGUAACAGCAGCUGGUGUGCCGGGUGCAUUUCUAGUUGAUAUACUGCCCCUAUUGCGAUACGUACCAGACUGGGUUCCGGGCGCGAACUUCAAGAGACUUGCCAAGAAAUGGUCUUCAGAGCUGGACGAUCUUACUGAAAAGCCUUAUGCUUUUGUCAAGCAUCAGCACGCAUCGGGCAAGCAAGACAACUCAUUUGUCUCACGGCUUCUUGAAGUGGGAGAUUCGACUGAGGAAGCGAGGUUCACGACCAAGUGGUCUGCCUUGUCACUGUACGCUGCCGGGGCUGAUACGACUGUCUCUUCCAUUUCUCUUUUCUUUCUAGCAAUGAUAUUGUAUCCUGAUGUCCAGAAGAAGGCCCAAGAGGAGAUUGACGGCGUAAUCGGCAACGAGAGACUACCUAAUUGUUCAGAUCGGCAAAGUCUUCCUUAUGUCAAUGCGAUAGUCAAGGAGGUUCUUCGAUGGCAUCCAGUCGCCCCUAUGGGGCUGCCUCAUACAAGCACUGCAGAUGAUGUGUUUGAAGGAUACUUUGUUCCCAAAGACGCACUGAUUAUGCCCAAUAUCUGGUACUUUGCCCAUGACCCUGAGGUCCACCACGAACCAAUGCGCUUUAACCCAGAACGGUUCUUGUCUACCGAUGGCAAUCAACCUGAACAAGAUCCGCACAUGUACACGUUCGGCUUUGGGCGCCGCGUAUGCCCGGGGCGUGUCUUAGCCGAUAACGCAUUGUUUCUCAACAUCGCUCAGUCACUCGCUGUAUUGAAUAUCAGAAAAGACGAGAAUGGUGCCCAACCUGAACUCCUGUUUACUCCCGGGAUGAUCAGCCACCCCAAGCCGUUCAAAGCCGCUAUUACGCCAAGAUCACCACACCACGAACAAUUAAUCCGGUCAUUGGAGCAAGGGUACCCCUGGGAACAGAGCGACGGCCAUAUCAUAGAGAACAUGCAGCGCCAAGCAUCGUGAACCCCAAAAACAGCUGUCAUUGCAAGGAUCCGAGUCGAUCAGAGACGAUGCAAAAUCUCGGUAUUACUCAACUUGGCAUAAGCAAAUCUAACAUGUAUGCUUAAAGUUUGCCACUAAAUCCCCCCUCAGCUCAGAGGCCACUUGGUGCCCAAGGCUCCUCCCGGAAGGAUCGCCCGGUGAGAUUCGCGCCCCGGGGAGAUCAUGGAAACGAACGAUACUGAAUGGGGAAAGUGAUAUCGUCCCUUGCAGAUGUGCUACACAUGAGCUGUCAGGCAGGUGAUUUGAUUGAAGCGGAUUUCGUAUAUUGGGGGGUCUAAUUUUGAGGCGGAGGGCAAUAGCUCGCGGUUGGAAAUUGGUAGGCUGCUUUGCUGCUUUGACUGUAACAGGGGGCGGGGCUGGAGCUGAGCUGGCGGGUUUAGGCAUUAAAGAACAAAGUGGCAGUGAAAUCUGACAAGUGUAUCCUAACCCAAAGCUUAAUUCUUCAUUCUGUA